AUGAUCCGAUCUCUCACGCUCGUUGCUAUCGCCGCUUCUGCAGUCGCUUUCCAGCCGACAACUCCUGGAAGCAACUUCGUUCGAAGGACUGCACUGCACAUGUCGUCCACAGAGACUGUUCCAUUCUUUGCCUCUCCUGUCAAUUUGGAAGAAGAAACGAUCAAGGAACAAAUCCAAAUGGCAGCAACAGCACAGCCAGCUCGAGUCCCCACUCCUCCCGAGGUUGCCCCAAAGAAGCCAGCGGCACCCAAAAAGCUGAAGGCGGGCGCUCAUAAAGAAGGAGUGUUCUCUCCCAUGGUUUUGUUUGUGAAGGGAGUCUUGGGGGAUGAGAUAUUGAACAAAGUACGAGGCAAGGUGAUCUCGCUGCAUUCUGAUGUCAUUGGUUCCUUUGUGGAGACGUCGGACUCGACAUUUGGUGAUGCCGUCCUCCGAUCUUUGUUCCGUCUUGCUGACAAGGAUGGAAAUGGAACAAUAUGCAAGAAAGAGCUUCAAACGGCGCUUCAAUCCCUUGGCUUCAGCUGGUUGAAGGACAAGCAAAUCGAGGGUAUUUUCAAACGAGCGGAUGCUGAUGGCAAUGGUGCCAUUGACAUGGACGAAUGGAUCAGCGAGGCUCCUAAGACUCUUCGAACAAACCUAGUUAAGUUGGCCAAGAAAAAUGGAGGAGAUAUGGGACUUUUGGCGUGA